AUGAUGAAGACUGUCACUCUACUACUGUUGACAUGGAUGGCGGCAGCUGCAAAAGCUCAGACCGGAAUCCCAAUCGACGACACCAGGUUUCGUGGGGCUGCCCAUCAUAUCGGUAGCAGUGCUGCCAUCAGGAACGACACUAACGUCGCGAGACGUAUUUGGCCUUACACACCCUACCGCGAAGCCAAGCUCAUGGGAAAGAUAGAGCGUCAGCUGGGAGGUUCUUGUGACGCCAUUGAAGUGUUCGAUAUCGAAAAUUUGAACGACGAGAGCUCCAUCUUUGACUUGCCGGGUGGACUGAAUGCUAUAGAUCUCGUCAAGGAGCAGCUGGUGGAAGCCGAAUCCGAAGUUGCCAGCAGCAUCAUUAGCAUUUUGAUUCCACAGGUGGCUCGAGAGGACGGUGCCGAUGUUUCGCAACUGGGGGAAGAAACUGGAGUGGACGCCUGUGAACCCAUUGACUUUGUCAACGUGGGGGAUGUGUUGGCGUUCGGAAUUGAGCAGGAGACCUCCGGUAUUGGAUUCUGUGCGGCUCUCAAUCCAUGCACCCAUACCUACGCCAUUGGACAAACGGGCAUCAUUCCCGAUGUGGGAAUUGCGGGAAUCAUCUUUGUCACCUUGGAUGCUGUGGGAUUCUCUCUAACCAAACAGUUGGGCAAAGAAACACUCAAUCGAAUGUGGGAUGGUACCGGCGAGCCUGAGGAGAUCUUUGUGGAUGGGCAUGUUGCUGUCCGCGGUACCGGCAGCAUGGGAAUCAAGUUUUCCAACAAAGUUAGCGCGACAAUCAAUGUUGACAUUUCCUUAAUCAUUGACGUGGAUCCAAACAACAACGGAAUCGGACCUAACUCACAGGCACUGAAAGACAAAGACGAUGACAGCGCAAGCGUGGACUUUGAGAUACUCCUCUCUGGUGAAGCUGGUGUCGUUUUCGAAGUCGAGAGCAGCUUGGGCGACGGUGAAACAGAGGUCAAUGAAGUUGACCUUUCAGGGAUUAUCACUGUAGAGGCCGACAUGUAUUUGUAUGUUAGUGGCACGGAGACAAAGCUCAUGCUUGCUGCAAGUAUCAACAUCAUGCUGGAGGGCAUCUGCAGUCUCUCGCCGUAUGCUGCCGUCAUUUGUGAGAUAUUUGAUGGUGACUCUGAACUCGAAGGGGCAGUGCGUGCGUAUGCUGACAAGACUGGUUUCGGAGUGCAACUGGAGCUUUCCGGCUACAUUGGAUUGAAUAAUGACUUUCUGGAAGAUGUCCUCAAUUGGCCUUCUGAUGGCCACAGCUUUAGCUUUGGUGUCACCCUCGGUUACAGGGGAAGCACAAUCUAUGCAUGUGCACAGGUGGAUGGGAAAGAGUCUUGUUUUCACCGAUGCGACAAGGACAGUCAAUGCGAUGACGAUCAGUUCUGCGACCUCCUUGGAUUCUGCAUCAAGAAGAAAAACGUCGCCAGUGUUUGCCACAAGAACUCUGUCUGCAAAUCCUCAUACUGUGUUGGUGGUUUUUGCUCGGAAUGCCCCACUAUCGACAAAACUACAGGUUGUAAUGCCGAAACUCAGUUCUGUACUCAGAAGAUUGACAAAAUUGGAUAUCGACUUUCACUGAUGUGGGCUAUCGUUGCAUAAACAAGAGGAAUUUAGGGGGUACAUGCAGUUCAAGUACAGCCUGCAAUUCUGGUCGCUGUGUAGCUGGAUACUGUUCAGAGUGUGGGCGCAUAGACAGUACUGAGGGUUGUGGCAGCAAUGAGUUCUGUACUCAAUUGAUCAGCGCCUUUGGGUACAGAUGCAAGGAAAAGCUUGACCCUGGUGAAGGAUGCUUGAAGAAUGAGGUUUGCAAGUCAGGCUACUGUGUUGGUGGAUUUUGUAGUGAGUGUCCACGACUGGACAGUGAGGAGGGGUGUACUGGUGACACAUUUUGCACACAAACUUUCAGUGAUGUGGGCUACCGUUGCAGAAGCAAGAGGCAUUUGGGGGGCACAUGCAGUUCAAGUACAGCAUGCAAAUCUGGUCGCUGUGUUGGUGGCUUUUGUAGCCAGUGUCCCUCCCUAGACAGCACCAAUGGAUGUGGAAGCAACAGUUUCUGCACUCAACUCAUAAGCGCUUUGGGCUACAGAUGCAAGGAAAAGCUCAACCUUGGCGAUGCUUGCUUGAAGGAUGUCGUGUGCAAAUCUGGAAGAUGCAAAUCUGGCUUUUGCUCGGAGUGUGAAAAAAUCGACUCAACAUCAGGAUGUUCCUCGGGGAAGUUUUGCACGCAGAAAAUCAAUGCUCUGGGUUAUCGCUGUGUGGGGAAGCGAGGCUUGGGAAGCACUUGUUCAAGUAACACUGCUUGCUUGAGUGGUAAAUGCGUCGGCGGCUUUUGUUCUGAAUGCUACAGAAUUGAUAGCACGAGUGGCUGCUCUAGUGGCAAGUUUUGUACACAAAAGUUCUCCCAGGUUGGUUAUCGCUGUGAAUCGCAAAGAGGUGAGGGUGGCACUUGUUCCUCCAGCAACGCUUGCAGGGACUAUUGUGUAGCAGGAUUUUGCCAGCAAUGCAGCAACGAUGGGCACUGUGGGGGUGGCAGAUACUGUACUGGGUGGCCCACAUAUGAUUGCAAAAGUAAGAAGAAUAAAGGCUCAGGGUGUGGUUCCAAGAAAGAGUGCAAAAGCAACAAAUGUUCUUGGUGGAGAUGCAAGUAAAUGGAUAGCAUGUAGGAAGUGGUUCCUUCCGUGAAUGCGCAUGCUUAUACAAUGGAGGGGGAUCUCUCCCCGAGGUAACCCCCCCCCCACACACACACACCGCCACCACAAGUUGAACCAUCAAGAAACCAAACAACGAAAGAUGAGCCAAUGCCCACCAAACUCCAGAAACAGAAUCCAUACAUGAUCUUAUUACACUUCUUUCUCAAUCUCAAUAAUAAUAAUAAUAAUAAUUCAAUGGCCUUCCAGGUCGUCUCCAACCCUACACUGUACUAGUACUAG